UCCCCUCCCCUCCUUCUCCUUCUCCUCCUCUCCCCUCCCCUCCUGUCCUCUCCCUGUCACUCACUCACUCACUCCUCACUCUCCCCCCUCUUCCCCCUCCCACUCGGUUGAAGAUGGCGGAAGGAGCCGAAGUUGACGUCAGGCGGUGGCGAGGGGAAGCGGAGGAACAAGAAGGCAGAGCAAUGGCGACCCUGGAGCGGAAAGUGCCGAGUCCCGAGGCCUUCCUGGGCAAGCCCUGGUCCAGCUGGAUCGACGCUGCCCGAGUGCAAUGUGCGGACAAUCCAGAAUCAGAGGACACUGGAAAAGAGAGCUCAAAGAACAGAGAGGUGAUGAGGCUCAAUAAAGAAGAUAUGCACUUGUUUGGCCACUGUCCAGCUCAUGAUGAAUUUUACCUAGUUGUAUGCAGUCACUGCAACCAGGUAGUCAAGCCACAAGCUUUCAAUGGGCAUUGCGGUCUCCCCAUGCCACACACCAUUCCCCGGCCAAAAGGGCAAGAAAGGAGACAUGGUUCUUCAUGUAAGGCAACCCCCUCACCAGCUUCUUCAACCUCCAAUUCCACAACAUCACCUGUCUCAAUGAAAUCCAAAGCCUGCAGUAGCCAUAUGCUAGUUGGUAGCAACUCCAAGCCAUUCAAGUCACCAAAAGACAAUCUCCAUGCCUCCAAUAAUAGGCAGCCCCAGACAGUCUUUCCUUCCAAAGUAACAAGAGAAAAACCAUGUGUUCCAGUCCCAGUCGUCAGCCUUGAGAAGAUCCCUAAUUUAGUGAAAGCAGAUGGUGCCAACGUUAAAAUGAGCACCACCACCAUUACCACCACCUCCACGUCCUCCGCUUCUUCUUCCUCCACAUCUUCUGCAACUUUGGUUAAAUCUGCUUUGACAUCAACAACUUCAAAGCCUGUGCCACCUUCACCUGAAAAGAUUCUAAAUGGAAAAUCAAUAGUAUCUCCUGCAAUAGACAAGAAACAUCAAAAUGGCACUAAAAGCAGCAAUAAGUCUCACAAAAGACUUUCUGAGAGGGAAUUUGACCCCAACAGACAUUGUGGUGUCAUGGAUCCUGAGACCAAGAAACCUUGUACAAGGUCACUCACAUGCAAGACUCAUUCACUUAAUCAUCGGAGAGCGGUACCAGGACGAAGGAAACAAUUUGACAUUCUUCUUGCUGAACAUAAAGCUCGCUCAAAGGAGAAAGAAACUGUAAAAGACAAGGAACACCUACAAGUGUCAAAAGAAUCUCAUCAGAGUCAAUCUAUGCCUCCACAAGAGCAAGUUUCAGUAUCUUUAACCAACCCUGGUUUGGAGCAUAAAGUUACAUCACCAGCAAAAUCAAGACUGCUGAAUACUACCCUUGCCAGCAGGGGUUCAUCUGUUGGCAGCUUAAGUAGUUUGGCCACUAUGUCCAAUAGUGCAACAGUAUUGGAAUUGCCAUUGCCCAUAAUUGGAGAUUUAGUAAGCCGAUUAUCCAGUGAUGAAGGAGAAAUGGAUGGUGCAGAGGAAGCUGAAAAACUGGACUGUCAAUAUUCGGGGCACCACCCGAGGCCACUUGGUUAUUGCACUUUUGGGAGUCGCUUGAUGGGCAGAGGUUUCUAUGUCUUUGACAGACGAUGGGACCGUUUUCGACUGGCACUUAAUUCCAUGGUAGAAAAACACCUAAAUUCACAGAUGUGGAAGAAAAUUCCUCCUGCGGCGGAUAGCCCGAUGCCAUCUCCUGCAGCACCUGUUACCACAACCUUUUCUGCAUCAGUGCUACAGCCUUUGAGCAGCCCUUCAGCAGCUUAUCUUGCUUCAAGUUCACCAAUUACUCCAUCUUGUGUAAUGACAGCCCCGGUUUUGUCACCACCAGGAUUUGCGACCACAGUGGACACCAAUUCCAUCAUGUCAUACACUGCUGCCUUUCCACAGGCAGCAACUGCAUUUAAUUUGAUGGACUCUGGGUUCAAGGCCCCGUCGUUGUUAUCACCAGUACCCAUGGUCGUACCUAGCCUGUCACUCAGUAAACCACUGAAAACAAAAACCAGCAGAUCCUCCAAAGUUAAGGACUUAUCUUCACGCAGUGACAAGGGCUCGUGUAAUAAGAGGAAGAAACCACCUCCACCACUGCCUCCUGCCACCUCCCCAUUUCCAUCAUCAUUACAGACUUCAUCUUCAACAUCAUCAUUUUCAGGGUCACACAAAAGGAACUGCGUGUUGAACCCUGGCACCACAUUGAAUUCAUUUCCUGCAACAUCUUCGUACAGCGCAAUGUCUGUGCACAAUACGAACAAUGGAACCAAUGCACUUAGUGCCAAAAUAGACUCCUCAGGACGGACUUCCUUGCCUGGCAGCUCAACAGACUCAAUUAAACACAUGAGCAUGGUUGUGAGCAGUAUUGACCCCACUCUGUCUGUUUCUUCUCUGGUGCACCACGCAGGGGACCAUGCACUAGCAGCACACAAUACAAUGUCUUCGCUGCCCCUUCCUUUUGACAAGUCAGAGGGGAAAAAGCGUAAAAACUCUAGUUCCAGCAGUAGAUCCAGCAAAAUAACUAAAAUGCCUGGUAUGAACAGUGUUCACAAAAGAAGUGCUGCCAAUGUUAUAUCUUCAGUCACAGAAUCUAACAAUUCUGUCUCUCGCCAGAUUGGAAAAAGUAGCAGCGUAUCUUUAUCACAGUCCAGUCCUUCAACUACAACAAACCCUGUACAUGGUAACAGACAACCAAAAGUUCAUCAGUGAAAGCUGGCUUUAUGAGGUAAUUGUCUAAGACAGUGGUUACAAAUGACACUGGUACUUGCCUUCGACUGUUCGAUGGACUGCAUCGAUAAGAUGAAAACCUCUGCUCUGAAGAUGUGAAGAGCCCUCCCUCUCAGCCAUACCUUCUAGCGGCCUUUCCCCCUUUCUUUUAACAAUGGUGAAUGAGUGUGCGAUGACUUACCAAUCAUUCCUUUAUUGUCGGUGCGAUAAUCCUAUUUCACUUGUUCUCUUUGGUGGUUUAGGGAUGCCCAAUACAACGCAAUAUAACAAAUUCUACAAAAGCCACGAUAAUCAUGAUUUUAUUUUCCUUCACUCCCUCCCAUGGGGAUAAUUCUAAUCAGCAAUGUUAAUCAUGAUCUAAAUGAUUUGGCAAAAGCAUAAAGCUAAAUGUUAUCAAAAUCUAUUUUUUACCUGGAUGUUUUUUAAAAUUGUCAGCAAUUGGCAGGAUUUAUGGAAUCCAACCUGAUUACACUUUGUAUCCCUAUAGGUUUUAUAUAAAGGAUAUAUCCAAUCAUUUAAAAUGAUAUGUGACAUGGCAGGUUUUGCGCAGUGUGAGACAUUUAAGGAAAAUGUCUAUCGUUUGUUGUACCAGCACUCAGUUUAAUAUUGCAUUUGUAAUUCGAUCCCUGAAGGGACCCGGUCACUAGAAAACAAAGAUCGAUGCUUUUACAUACAAUUUUUUUUUGCCGAUGACAAAGUACCAUCUUAAACAAUGAAGAGGCUAAUGGAAACUUGGUUGCUGCCAGCUUUGUAUCAGAGGAUGUUACAACAAGGUGGAGUUUUCUAGUUUUAUAAUGCCGUGAGUGUAUUUGCAGGGGGACUGUUGAGAGAGAAGUCCAGAGCAAGGGUAAAGAAAGUGUUAAUGAUGUUUUAUUAUUCAGUGUUAAAAGUGCACUUAUUUGUGAUGGAUUCUUUCCAAUUAGAAAAGGACAGGUAUGGAUUAACAAAGGACAAGUAUGUUCUUGUAAUAGGGAUGGAUUUUUCAGGUUUUUAAUAAUGGAUAUUAGUUAAAAGAGAAGGACAUUCUGUAAAAUAAACUGAAGCUGGUGUACAGAGACUGUUAGAAUGAAGUUAUGGCACAGAGAAAUAUUUUUCGUAAGCUAAUCAUCAUCCUCCCAGUUCUUCUAAUUGUUCACAUUAAUUUUCAUUAAUUUAUGAUUUAUCAUUUUAUUAAUGCUCUAACUGACCAGGAUAGGUUCAGACAUAGAAUUUAGGAAAGUCAGAAGUUGUGCGUUUAUAUAUUUUUUAAAUAAAUUUGGAUUGAACUUUUGCUAUGUACAUUUUGUUAGACUGAAGAUUGUGUACAUAUCUGUUGUUAUUUUUGCACAAAUGUUUGUCAUGGUUAGCUUAGGAGCUUAUAAGUAUUUUAAUUUUUCUAAUUUAUUGUGGGUUGUUAUAAAACUACAGGGGGUGGGAAAUAAUUCCCAAUAAUUAGAAUAAUUUUUAUAUAUAUAUUAUGAAACAAAAGCUGAAGUCUGUCGUGAAUACAAAUUUUCCUUCUGAAACUGGCUGUGCUCAUCAGAAACUGCUACAGGGCAGUGAGAUGCAAAAGUAGUCCAUGACUGAAGGGGACAGUUUGGUAACUAUAAAACGUGUCAGUGCUUGCCCACAUGGUGGGUUUUAGUAUUGCAUAUUAUACCAGUACAAAUCAUGGACGCAAUGCAUAAGCCUGUCAGCCAUAAAGAGACAGCAGAAAUACUGUAUGCCUUCUUUUGUAUUAAUGUAACAAUUGUAUAUAAAGCUGAUCAAAAACUUUGUAGAAAAUAGUUUAUACAGCAUUACUAUAUUAUUGCUGAAUCUCAGUGAAAUCUUGGGAAAAGAAAGUUUUUCUAUUUACACCUUAUUUUUUGUUACACUGUUGACCCAUGGCAUUUUGACAAAACUCUGUGGGUUUUGCAUUGCUGGUCAGUCAUGGGUGUGUUAAUAUUGCUGUUGCACAGACAAGAAUUUGCACCUGCCUCAUUGUGCUUUCCUACUGCAGAAUUCAAUUUAUUCCCCCAUUCAGAGAUAAUGAAAGCAUGUAAAAAUAAUCCUGCGUGCCAUACUGUAACUGUUCUGUUUUGUAAAUGGAUUUAAUAACACUACGUAUUUUCAAUUUGCUUUGUGCACUUUUCUUUUUCAUCUCUCCUCUACCAGCUCCCACUCCCACAGCAGUGUCAUUGCAUUCAUUUCAUGCCUACCUUCAUCUUUGUGGUAUUGUUAACAGAAUGGUGUCUAGAAUAGCUGUAAAUAGUUAAUUUGAUGGCGUACAGAGAAAAUAAAUGGAACAAACCUUGUUUCUGAUUAAUACUGCCAUGGUUCAACACCCAGCUUGGAGAUAUUCUCUAGUGAGGGAUGUUUUAUUUUGUUUUGUUUUGUAACAGGCUUUGUAAAUAAAAAAAUAAUUUAUAUGUUUGUAAGAA